UCCAGCAGAGUCCAGACGUCCAAAACCAACCUCAAAAAAAAUCAUCGCCUCAUUGCAGAACGAUAAUGUGAAGUUGGUGCUGCGUUAUGCAACAAACUCGAACGGCUAACGAUUGAUCGAAAUUUUUCUCUGACGACUUCACUUUAUUAAAAUAAAGGAUAGUUGGCGGGAAAAAAUAAUGGAGGAGAAGAAUUGCGUCUGUAUCGUGUGGCAUCAAUCCAUUAACGACUCUCAAAUUAUUAUAGAACAAGAAUUGAACAUCAAUAUUUGUAUAAUCAUCUCGAAACCAAGGAAUUAAGUGUCAGAUUUUUUUGCAAAAUUGAAAUUUAUGGUGAGAUUAGUCAGUUGUUGAGAGUUAACCAUGGGUAUUCUAGGAUUAUCUAAGAUUAUUGCUGAUUUGGCUCCCAGUGCCAUAAAGGAACGUGAAUUAAAACAUUACUUUGGUCGAAAAAUUGCCAUCGAUGCUUCUAUGUGUCUAUACCAAUUUUUAAUAGCUGUAAGAAGUGAAGGAGCCCAAUUAACAUCAGCAGACGGAGAAACCACAAGUCACCUGAUGGGUACAUUUUAUAGAACAAUACGACUAGUUGAUAAUGGGGUAAAACCAGUCUAUGUAUUUGAUGGUAAACCCCCAAAUUUAAAAGGUGGAGAACUGGCAAAACGUGCUGAGAGAAGAGACGAGGCUCAAAAGGCAUUAGCAGCUGCUGAGGAGGCUGGAAAUACUGAGGAAAUUGAUAAGUUCAAUCGCAGAUUGGUCAAAGUCACAUCAACCCAUGUGGAAGAGGCCAAGCAAUUGUUGAAGCUCAUGGGUAUUCCGUAUGUGGAAGCACCGUGUGAAGCCGAAGCUCAGUGUGCUGCUCUAGUGAAGGCCGGAAAGGUUUUUGCCGCUGCCACUGAAGAUAUGGAUGCACUCACUUUUGGAAGCACCAUUUUAUUGAGACGUUUGACCUUCAGCGAAGCUAGAAAGAUGCCGGUGCAGGAGAUUCAUCUUGAUAAGGUACUGGAAGGCAUGCAACUGACAAAACAAGAGUUCAUUGACUUUUGUAUUAUGCUUGGUUGUGAUUAUACCAGCACCAUCAAGGGAAUUGGCCCUAAGAGAGCCAUAGAACUCAUGAAAAAUCACAAGUCUAUUGAAAAAAUAAUCGACAAUAUUGAUACUAAGAAAUAUCCAGUUCCUGAUGAGUGGAAUUAUCAAGAGGCGAGGCAAUUGUUUUUACAACCUGAAGUUGCUGAUGCUAAUGGAAUUGAGUUGAAAUGGAAUGAACCUGAUGAAGAGGGUCUUGUUAAAUUUCUUUGUGGAGACAAACAGUUUGAUGAGACUAGAAUUCGUAAUGGAGCCAAAAAAUUAGCAAAGGCCAGAAACACAUCGACACAGGGUAGACUUGACUCAUUCUUCAAAGUAUUAUCCACAACACCAUCAGCUAAGCGUAAAGCUGAAGAGAAAAAAUCACAAAAACCAUCUGCCAAGAAGGCUAAAACCAGCGGUGGUAAAUUCCGCGGAAAGGGAAAAUAAAGGAAAAUAAAUAUAUUGAUUCUUUUUCAACUUGAUAAUCAAUGGAAGGAAAUCUCAUGUUGAUAGCUCAUUAUUCUCUAUUUGCAUUUUUAUUUUACAUGCUCUCUGGAGAAUACAUCUUUUGAAUGAAGAAAAAUUUUGCAACUUUUCCAUUUUACUCACUUUAUUUCUACAAUUUUUACAAUUUUUACAAUUUAUAAACAGUGCUUUAUCCACAAUAAUGAUUUCACAAUUAAAAAACUAAUAUUAGCGCCACAGUAUUGAAUAUCACGUUUCUGUGGGCAUUAUCCACAAAAUUGUCUUAAAUUAGGACCAAGUACUAUUUCUUCCCUCCCUAUACAAAUUCAAAUGACUAAUUUAAAAUCAUCUUUCGAGAAGAAAAUGACAAAAUAAUCAGUUUAAAUUCUGGUAAAUCUUCACUUUCAUCAGCAUCUUUUAACAAUUAUAUUUCAUAAUUAUAAUUAUUUAAAGACAGUUGAAUUUGGCAAGUAUGCAUUGACUCGUAAGUUGAAUAUACUUUUGUUGCAUAACUCUUUUAUCAUAUUUCUUUCAAACUGUAUCAAGUGUCAUUGGAACUUAAUAAUAGUGCUACCAAUUGCAUCUGCUCCUAAAACAUGUUGCAAAGCUUGUUCAGCAUGAUUUGGACGGAACGCAGCACCAACAACACUCUGGAGUUGAUCAGCAUCAACUAGUUCACGAAUUAUUUCCAGUGUUGAUGAUUUGAUUUUCACCCCGUCAUUGUAAUGAUAAGUAUCAAUUCCAAAAAUAUACUGAAGAGAAGAAAAAUAACAAAAAUAUAUCAAUUGAAACUGUGAAAAUAAUAAUCAAUUGUGUGUGUGUGUGUGCGUGUAUUUUUGUUGAUGA